GCAGGCAUGCUCGAUCGGCUUUGACAGCACCAACAGGCAUCAUGAUCAUGUCUCCUUUGGGCUAGCCGCGACGAGACCAUUAGCCUGUUUUCUCUUUUCUCAAUGGCGCCUUGGGACCUGCAGUAGGAGGAGCCGACUACUGUAGGGCCGAAGAUAGCGGCCGGAACCGGUUUGAUCUCGUACGCGGACCGCUCACAUUCGAGAACGGACGGCGGCCGACGGACGGACACCCGUAUGGAGUAGCAGUGGCUGUCCCGCGUAUCGCGGCGUCUGCCAUCGAUGGCCUCCGCUAGAUGCCCAUUCGUACGAGCAUGGGUCCCGUCCUUGUACGUCAAUGCCGGGCUCUCGCCAGUCAGGGGUGCUGCAUCGACAGCGGCCAGGCCUCGAAGACAGGGUCUGUCCAAUCGGCUGGGUCUCAAAAGCCCGCCUCGCCUUUUCAAAAAGUCAUUCCAAGCAAAGAGGAAGACCGUCCCUUCCUUCCGCUCAACUUCCUGGCG